CAAAAAGGCCCAAAUAAAUAGGCCCAGAAAAAAAAAAGAACAAAGUUUUUUUCAUCCCGAUGGCGGAUGUGUCUCAGACGAAGGAGAUGCCGAAGGAGAUGCCGAAGGGAAACAGCGAGAAAUCUAAGAAGACAGACAUGGCUGAUAUGGCGUUCAUCGAGUCCAUGAACGACGACCUUCUCCAUAACAUUCUCUUGAGGUUGCCGGCGCAAUCAUUUGGUUCCGCUUCCUGUGUUAGCCGAUCUUGGAACUGCGUCUGCAAUCGCAUCCUCUCUCGCCCCAAAAUGAUCUCUGCUUUCUCUAGAAACCCUGAUAAGCUCAGAGCUGGAGAAGAAGUACUUGAUAAGGUCUUGUCUGAGCCAAUCCGGCCAGAUUUUGUGAUUGCAAACAUCUCAUACGGGAACGUGGAAGAAACUUUGAGACAGAUAACGAAGAGAGUGGGAUCAAGGGUUCCUGUUAUUGUAUCUCUAGUUGCUGGAAUCUUGGGAAAAGAAGCGCGUAAUGAGAAGCUUGUAGAGAUCAACCCGUAUGCUGUUUAUGUCUCGCCCGUUCCGAAUUUUGCUAUACUGUUGACGAUCGGCUACUUGCCAGGAUUCAAAGUCGACGUUAUUCCUGCUAUUCAAGCGAUAGGGGAAUCUGAGGCGACAGUUGGAGACAAAUUUGUGAUGGAUAUCAGGAACUUUGUGUCCGUGGUUUCAGAUCAUACUGCACCAGCUUGUCUUAUACUCUUUGGGGAGGAUACUCAUGCCACGGAACCUAUCAUUCAAAAACUGGAUUAUGACAUGCCCGCAGAAACUAUUAUUGUGGGUGAAUUAAAGGGACAGGGCGAUCUUGUACAUAAACGUGCCAAUGAAUCAAGAUGUGUUCAGUUACAAAGAGACGAGAGCAGAGUUCUUGCAGGUUUAGUCUUUGCAAGAGAUAGACACAGACCCAUUCCGUUUCUCAAUGAAGCAGAGGCUGGAAGAAUUCAGUUUCACGCUGCAAUAUCAGGAGGAAUGUCACCGGUCGAUCUGAGAUACAAGGCAGCCAAUGUCAUUCUUACUCUUUAUAGAUGGCCUGCGACACUUCUGAAUGCAAAAAGAAGAGGAGAAGCAGAGGUUCUCAAUGGCGAGCAAAUCCUAGAGAACAUAGAAGAGACUUUGGUGGGAAACCCGAGCUGGGAGAAUGAGCCAGCGGACGAACAGUAUCUUACAGUCGACGGUGCCGGAAUCAGAACGGGAGACUGUUUCCAAGUUUACUUUCCUGAUCUCAAAGUGGCUGAAGCAUCACUGGCUGCUGUUUCUUCUCAGCUUAGAAACCUCGAGUCCAAGCCGAACAAAACGGAAGUCGUUGGAGGUUUUGUUUUUGCCGGUAGCGGACGCGGCGACUCCUUCUUUGGUCGUCCAAACGCAAACAUCUCACCGUUUCUAGAGAACUUCCCGGAGUUACCGUUUGGCGGCAUAUCCUGCAACGGUCAAAUCGGACGCAGCUUCUUCGUGGAGGAAGGAGAGGAAAAUAAAGAAAGUAGCAUCCGAAGAUGUUUUCACUCUUAUAGUUCAGUCUAUUUCAUCGUCUCGUAUACUUCUCAAUGUUGAGGUGUCUUUGUUUUAUGUGGUUUACAAAUGAUCUAGAUUGUAAGUGAUGACGACAGAGCUCGGAUUCUCUUCUUUAUAUAAGGGGGCUUACAUGCAUUUACGUCGAAUAAAGAUAAUAAACGAUAACUUAGCAUGGUAAUUAAAAAAAAAAAAAGAUAAUAAACGUUUGACUGGAAUC